GAGAGCACUGUUAUGUCACUGCAAGAGGUGGAGUCUGGAAGUUCUGCCUUGUACUUGGGGACAGAAUAGGGUGGAGCCGCAGCAGCAGGGGGAGCUAUGGGUGGAGGCUGGGUGUGAGAAGGGAAAUCUGUGACUGGGUGCUUUCACAGGGAGCAGAGGCAUUUGACUCAGGGUACACAUGCUUGAGCUGUGAGAGGCCCUACUCCCCUUGGCUGGCUGGCAUCCCGGAGCAGAGGCAGAGAGAGACAGAGAAAGUUGAAUGCGAAAGACUGAGGGUGAAGAGAAUUUUAACUGUAAAGCAAACUACAAAGAGGGAAACAAGUGGUAAAGAAAGUUGUCUAAGCGGUAGGAAAGAGAAUAAGGGACUAAGUUGAGUUCAGCGUGGCUCCUCUAGAUUAUUUUUCACCAGGGUAUUUUUAUCUGUAGUGAGCGUGCAAGCAGUUUGUAUUUGGAAUUGAGAGCAAUGGCUGAUACAGGUGUCAAGAAGGAGCAUGGAGCCCUUGCAGAAGUGACUUACGAUGAUGAAGAGGUCGCUCUGGUGGGUGCCGCCACAGAGCCGGCAGUAGAUGACGAUGAUCCAGCUGAGGCGACCGAUCCGGUGCUGGCAACUGGCUCGGGGGGGAAGAGUGAAGCGCAGAUGAAUGGGGUCAUGAUUCUGUCUCUGCUCGACAAGAUUAUCGGGGUGGUAGACCAGAUCCAGCAGACCCAGAAUGGGCUGGAGGCCCGGCAAGAAGGCAUGGAGAAGUCAGUGUCAACCAUCCAAGGGGAGCUGUCUAAGUUGUCCAAGAAUCACAUCGACACCGCCAACACUGUCAACAAAAUGCUGGAGAAGGUACGCAAGGUCAGCGUCAACGUCAAGACAGUACGCAGCAACCUCGAGAAGCAGGCGGGCCAGAUCAAGAAGCUGGAGAGCAACGAGUCUGAGCUGCUCAAGAGACGCAACUUCAAAGUCCUCAUCUAUCAGGACCAAGUGAAGCCACCAAAGGCAUCCAAAUCCAAGACAGCAGAGGCGGUAGAAAGUAAAACAGCGGAGGGCCUUGAGCAAAUCCCUGAAGAGGGACAGGAGGGACUCCCAGACAAUCUUAAUUCAGAUGAAGAGGUGGUGAUUGAAGAGGAGCUCAUAGAGACUCGUACAAAGCGCCUCCAACGCACCACAAAAGAGCAAGUCGAUAACAUAAAGAAAGCCUUCUCCAAAGAGAAAAUUGAGAAGACCAAACUAAAAACCAAGGAAAACUUGGAGAAGACCAAGCAGAGAACCCGUGAAAACUUGGAGAAGACAAGACAGAGAACCCGUGACAACCUGGAGAAAACCAAGCACAGUCUUGAGAAGAAGAUGGGCAAGCUCGGGACCCGCAUGACUCCCAACCAGGAGCGCAGGGCAAAGAUAAAGAGUUCCAAAGAGAAGAUGAAGAAGUCACUCACCCCUGACCACAAGAUGUAUGCUCGUUCCAAGACCUCCGUGUACCGCGUUCCCCCUUUUACCUUCCAUGUUAAGAAGAUCCGGGAAGGGGAGGAGGAGGUGGUGCAGAACACGGAGAUGGUAGAAGUGAGCGAGGCCGAGGUUCAGCCAGGGGGAGAGGAGAACGGGAUGGGUGUGCACGUGGAGGUGGAGGAAGGGGAGCUUGUCAGUGUAGACAGCCCCGAAAUAGAUACUCUGUUGGAGGUGACUGAAGACUCUGACCUGGUCAGGGUGGAUACAGACCACCUAAAGAAAGCCCAAAGUGAAUAGAGUCUCGUAGCUCCACGGGGCUGUGAAAGAAAUUAUAUUAAGAUGAAGAAGGAAACAGAAUACUGAUAAAUGAAUAUAAUCACAAAGACACAGUAGGGACUUUAUAGAUGAUUACAAUCUAUGACAUCUUAUUUGUUUUCUGUUCUCUUUGUAUUGUUCCCAACAGGGAUAACUUUCAUAUUUGUUCAUAUUUAGCACUCAAAUAAUAGAAAGAAAGACAAAAACAGGAGUUAUGUUACAGGCUGACUGGAUAUGCUACACUUAGAAAUUAGAGUAUUUGUUGUUUGUUGUUGGUUUGAUUAGUUGUGUGGCUAAAAGAAAAACAAAAAAAUUGUUGUGAUUAAGAGACAAUAUUUAGUGUGGCAUUUGCCUUAACAAAUAUGGAAAAAUGAAGUUCUUGGCAAUGUUUGUGUUGUAAUGGACGGGUGAAGUGAUGUGAAUGUGUAAAGAAAAAUAAAUGUAAAAGUUGUAGACGGAUUCUUCUACAGAAGAAUUAACAGGUGAAGAAAAGAUCUGUUGCACUGGACUUAAACUAAGGCGUUUAACUAAACUGUACUCCAUAUUUCGUAAGAUUACAAACAUUUUCCCAAAUGUUACAAUACAGUGUUUCUCAUUGUUAAGCACUUAAGUGUGAAUGGCUGGAAAUAGAUGUGCAGUUUCUAUUAAUAUAUACUAGGAACCAUGAACCUGUGACAAAUUCAACUAUUACAAUGUUUAAAUGCAUAACACCACACUAAAAAGCAAAAUAUACUGUUGUAUAUGUGGGGUUAUUCAUAUUGAAAAAUGAAUAACUGAAUGAAAAUAUUAAAAAGAUUCGGAAUGUCACUUUUGCAAUAGUAAAAACAGUGUUUAAUGAGGAUACGGCGUUUGGUGUAUCUGAACACGUUCUCACUAAGCUGCACAUAUUGCACUGCUGCGCAAAGGGGAGAUGAAAAAGACUGUAUCACCAUGGUCACAGCUCAUCACAGUGCUCAUCACACUAUUAAAAUUUCUCAAAGUAAUUACAGACAGAAAAAAAGAUGGUCUAAAGAGACGCGACAUGACAGUUUAAUGACCGCUGUAUGUAAUAUGGAGAAGCUGAACUAUUACAGGAACAUCCAAA